AUGGACAAGCUACCAACAGAAGUAACCUUGCUUAUAUCAGCAUACUUACCAUUCGAAACCUACAUUCAAUACUCUCAAACAUGUAGAGCAGUUCAACAAAGUCUGAGUUCAUUCAAUGUGAUAAGCUACCUGAAUAACCGCUUUAAAUUCGGCCAUGGCAACCACACAGGCGCCUUACUGCUGUUUGCGUUUCACAACAUUCUCAAAGUGCCCGAGAGAAUACGACUGAUGAUAUUGGAGCACUUUAUUGACGCUUAUCAAAAGGACAAUUCGUUUAUUCGGGGUUGGUCUCUUAUUCAUGCAGUCAUCUGUUCCAAUCCUGGUAGAUUCCUUGAAUUACUGGAAAGAGAUAGCAAUCAUGGAAAGAAGCUUGUAGGCCCAAUGCCUCCAUUUAACGAAAAGAAGAGAAAGCUGUUGAUCCAGCAACAGCGUUUAUUUGCAAAGAAGAUUUACAAUAGUAUCAUCGCCUCCAGUGUCCCGCAUAAAUGUUACCUUCGCUCUUCCAAAACAUAUCAAGCCAUAUUCACAAACCUGCUGCACUCAGGAGAUUUAAGCACUACAGAACAGUGCUUGAGAAUGCUGGGCCCACCACAGAAUUCAGUGAUACUGUCGGAAACUGACUAUAACGAGCGGUUUCCUAUCACAGAUUACUCAGGAAACAUCAUUCUGAAGAGAAAAAGAAACAUUUCGCAACAAGAGAAAUACGACAAUCCGAACCCAGUAGAUCUUAUUUGCAAGCAAGAUCAGUAUCUGACGUUCACGCCUGCGCAAAUGCGAUUAUUAGCAAAGCAACUCUUGCAGUUUUAUAGAGCCAAAAUCACAUUCUACCCAAGCAGCUACAACAGCAAAUCUGCCAAGAGCAAGCAGCAUCACGACGAUACAACACAAGCAAAGCAACAUCAUUAUUAUCAGAGCCAUUAUCAACAUCGAGAUUUUAUAUAA